CAGGGAGAGCUGGUGAACCGAGAGGAAGCCAAGAACAGUGGAGACUCCUCGGUUGUAUACAGGAGCAUGCAGUGUGAAGAAUACAUCGAUGCCAAAAGAGAGAUGCAUGUGAAUUGGAUGAGGUAUGUGAAUUGUGCCCGUAAUGAAGAAGAACAGAAUCUUGUGGCAUUUCGGUAUCGAGGGGGAAUUCUGUAUCGUUGCUGUCGACCCAUUAACAUAGGACAGGAGCUCUUGGUGUGGUAUGAAGAGGAGCACACCAAAGAACUCAGUCCUGCACCUACAGGAACAACCAGACAGCAAGCUCCUCAAACUCUUGUAGCUGAAGAACUUCAACAUGUUAAGGGACAAAUAGCAUCAGAUGAAUGAAUAAUUAAACAGGUGGAAGUUUGGUUGCUUUAUUACUACAAACCACACCGUGGCAUUCUUCAAAUACUGCAGUAAGGAAAUUCCUAUACUACUGCAGAACUACUUGAAUGCCAUCUGAAUCGUUGCAGUCUGCCCCUUUUUUAUACGCCUACAUUUUUAUUUAAUUAAAUGACCAAUGUCUUAAUUUCUGGAUGUUGGCUUUCUUUCUUUCAUCAGUUACACUAAUAUGAAUCAACUGGGUUUCACAAAAUCCCACAAUUUUUAAU